AUGAGCCGCUGCGGCCGCUGAGCAGCCGGGCGGCGGGGCGUCGCGCACCUUCCUCUCCCCCCUCACUUGGCCACUCCGCUCGGGAGACUGGGAGAAAACGGUCUCUGGCCUGUCAGGAGGACCAUUGGUGCUGCAGUGGAAGCCAGCGGCUAAAUCUCGUGUAUGGCGUGGUUAAGGUUGCAGCCUCUCACCUCUGCCUUCCUCCAUUUUGGGCUGAUUACUUUUGUGCUCUUCCUGAAUGGUCUUCGGGCAGAGGCUGGUGGCUCAGGGGAGGUGCCCAGCACAGGGCAGAACAAUGAGUCCUGUUCAGAGUCAUCGGACUGCAAGGAGGGUGUCAUCCUACCAAUCUGGUAUCCAGAGAACCCUUCCCUUGGGGACAAGAUUGCCAGGGUCAUUGUCUAUUUUGUGGCCCUGAUAUACAUGUUCCUUGGGGUGUCCAUCAUUGCUGACCGCUUUAUGGCAUCUAUUGAAGUCAUUACUUCUCAAGAGAGAGAGGUGACUAUCAAAAAGCCCAAUGGAGAGACCAGCACAACGACAAUUCGGAUCUGGAACGAAACUGUCUCCAACCUGACCCUGAUGGCUUUGGGUUCCUCUGCUCCUGAGAUCCUUCUCUCUUUAAUUGAGGUGUGUGGUCAUGGGUUCAUUGCUGGUGAUCUGGGACCUUCUACCAUCGUAGGUAGUGCAGCCUUUAACAUGUUCAUCAUCAUUGGCAUCUGUGUCUACGUGAUCCCCGAUGGAGAGACUCGCAAGAUCAAGCACCUACGAGUCUUCCUCAUCACUGCUGCUUGGAGCAUCUUUGCUUACAUCUGGCUCUAUAUGAUCCUGGCAGUCUUCUCCCCUGGUGUGGUUCAGGUUUGGGAAGGCCUUCUCACUCUCUCCUUCUUUCCAGUGUGUGUCCUUCUGGCCUGGGUGGCAGAUAGGCGACUGCUCUUUUACAAAUACAUGCACAAAAAGUACCGCACAGACAAACACCGAGCGAUCAUCAUAGAGACAGAGGGCGACCACCCCAAGGGCAUUGAGAUGGAUGGGAAAAUGAUGAAUUCCCACUUCCUGGAUGGGAACCUGGUGCCCCUGGAAGGGAAGGAAGUAGAUGAGUCCCGCAGGGAGAUGAUCCGGAUUCUCAAGGAUCUGAAGCAAAAACACCCAGAGAAGGACUUAGAUCAACUAGUAGAGAUGGCCAAUUACUAUGCUCUUUCCCAUCAACAGAAGAGUCGUGCCUUCUACCGGAUCCAGGCUACCCGUAUGAUGACCGGCGCAGGCAAUAUCCUGAAGAAGCAUGCAGCAGAACAAGCCAAAAAGGCCUCCAGCAUAAACGAGGUGCACACCAAUGAGCCUGAGGACUUUGUCUCAAAGGUCUUCUUUGACCCGUGCUCUUACCAGUGCCUGGAGAACUGCGGGGCUGUACUCCUGACAGUGGUGAGGAAAGGGGGGGACAUGUCCAAGACCGUGUAUGUGGACUACAAAACAGAGGAUGGUUCUGCCAAUGCAGGGGCUGACUAUGAGUUCACAGAGGGCACUGUGGUUCUGAAGCCAGGAGAGACCCAGAAGGAGUUCUCGGUGGGCAUCAUCGAUGAUGAUAUUUUUGAGGAGGAUGAACACUUCUUUGUGAGGCUGAGCAACGUCCGCAUAGAGGAGGGGCAGCCAGAGGAGGGGUUGCCUCCAAUAGUACUCAAUAAUCUUCCAUUGCCUCGGGCCAUCCUGGUAUCCCCUUAUGUGGCCACAGUCACCAUCUUGGAUGAUGACCAUGCAGGCAUCUUCACUUUUGAAUGUGACACUAUUCAUGUCAGCGAGAGUAUUGGUGUCCUGGAGGUCAAGGUUCUGCGGACAUCAGGUGCCCGGGGCACAGUAAUUGUCCCCUUUAGGACAGUAGAGGGGACAGCCAAGGGUGGUGGUGAGGAUUUUGAAGACGCAUACGGGGAGCUGGAGUUCAAGAAUGAUGAAACAGUCAAAGCAAUUCACAUCAAGGUAAUUGAUGAUGAGGCGUAUGAGAAAAACAAGAAUUACUUCAUUGAGAUGGUGGGCCCCCGCACGGUGGAUAUGAGUUUUCAGAAAGCGCUCCUGUUGUCUCCAGAGGUGACAGACAGAAAGCUGACUGUGGAGGAAGAGGAAGCCAAGAGGAUAGCAGAAAUGGGAAAGCCAGUACUGGGCGAACACCCCAAACUAGAGGUCAUCAUUGAAGAGUCCUUUGAGUUCAAGAAUACGGUGGACAAACUGAUCAAGAAGACAAACCUGGCCAUGGUUGUGGGGACCCAUUCCUGGAGGGACCAAUUCAUGGAGGCCAUCACUGUCAGUGCAGCCGGGGACGAGGAUGAGGAUGAGUCCGGGGAGGAGCGGCUGCCGUCCUGCUUUGACUACGUCAUGCACUUCCUGACGGUCUUCUGGAAGGUGCUGUUUGCCUGCGUGCCCCCCACAGAGUACUGCCAUGGCUGGGCCUGCUUCGUCGUGUCCAUUCUCAUCAUUGGCACGCUCACGGCCAUAAUCGGGGACCUGGCCUCCCACUUUGGCUGCACCAUUGGCCUCAAGGACUCCGUCACCGCUGUCGUUUUUGUGGCAUUUGGCACCUCUGUGCCAGACAUGUUUGCCAGCAAAGCCGCCGCCAUCCAAGAUACGUAUUCUGAUGCCUCCAUCGGCAACGUCACAGGCAGCAACGCCAUCAACGUCUUCCUGGGCAUCGGUCUGGCCUGGUCCGUGGCCGCCAUCUACUGGGCCCUGCAGGGACAGGCGUUCUACGUGUCCGCCGGCACGCUGGCCUUCUCGGUCACCCUCUUCACCAUCUUCGCGUUCGUGUGCAUCAGCGUGCUCCUGUACCGCCGGCGGCCGCACCUGGGCGGGGAGCUGGGCGGCCCUCGCGGCUGCAAGCUGGCCACGACGUGGCUCUUCGUGAGCCUGUGGCUCCUGUACAUACUCUUUGCCACGCUGGAGGCCUACUGCUACAUCAGGGGCUUCUGAGCCACGGCGCGGGGCCUCCGCAGCACACGCCUCGGACUUCUCCUAAGGGAAGGGCGCUUUGCCACCGCGACCUCGCCGGGGAGCAGCCCGCGGAGGCGGCGGCAGGACUCGAGCCCCAGGAGCCCCACCCCCGACCCAGCCCCCCUCCCCCCCCCGCAGUGGGACUGAAAGGGCAGAGUCUUAACCAAUCAGAGUGGAGGAAACACCCACUUUACGAAGUAUUUAAUUCAAUACAAACCACGACAGCAACAAAUCCACCUCCUCCGCAUCUUCCCACCCAUGUCCCUGACCCACAGGGGGCUCAGACCCUUCCGCCGCCUUCCCAUUAUUCCUUUGCUCCCUCUGCUGCCCUGGGGGCCGGGCUCCCGCUGUCCGUCGGGUUGGCCACCUCCGCACCCUCUGCCGCAGCUGGCGAGGGCGGAAGUGAGUCCAACCCCCCUUCCCCCCCCAGGCCGCCGUCAUCGUGGCCAUUACUGUGCUCGCUUUCCCAUCAGGUGUCCUCAUUGUUGGUUUUGUCUUUUCUUUCUGAAGUCAGUUAACAAAGGUGCUGUGAGGGAACCCAAGGCGGGAGCGGACAGGUAGAGGCAGGACGCUCAGCCGCACCCUCUCCCCCUCUCCCCUCUCCUCCCUCCCCUCCCUCCUUCCCGCCUCCCCCUCUGCCCCUCUCCCCUCUCCCUCUCCUCUCUCCCUUCCCUCCUUCCCCCCUCUCCCCUUCUGCCCCUCUUCCCGUCUUCCCUCUCCCCCUCUUCCCCCACCCCCUCUCCCGGGUAACAGCUGUCUCUUGGCUCCAGCCCGUCCUCCACCCCCCACCCCACUCUGCUUUUCUUCUCAGUGGGAGAGGGAUGUUGUUCGGGUGGUAGUGUGUUUGCACACCCACGAGGAGCGCUGAAGAACCGGGGCUGGCGCUGGGGCAGGAGGAGCUUUAUAUGCUUAUGUCGAAAUCCACUUUAAAACAAAAGGUCAUGGUUCCCUUCUGUGCCCUUUCCAGUUUAUUCCGUCUGUCCGGCUGUGGCCGUGUCUAUACGUUUAUCCUUCUGCAGGAAGACCCUCCACAUGGGAGAUAGGGGACAGAAAUGGAUUGGUACCUGAUGACAAAGGGCAGCUGGGGAGACAAAAGGCAUAGAUGGCUUCUUGAGUAUCUUUGGCUUCAGAUCCGAGGCCGAGGAGAAGAGCUGUCCACCUCAUGAGAUCUUGGAGGGAAACGAUUGUAUUUAAAAUGUCAGUGCUUCGGAGAAAUGUCAGCUUCACCAACCCCUCACUUUCUAAUGCGCCACACUAAGAGGUCUGACUGUAUUUCUUGAGGUAAUGCAAAAACUGAGAGGUUGAUACGAAAACCAGGGGCUCCUUCCACCUCUCCUGGACCCUCAGGUCACGUUCGAAAGCAUUUUCACAAGGUACGAACUGGAAUUUCUCAUCUCUCCCACAUUCCUGCUUGUUUUUAAACCUCAUGAAGCUCUUUUUCCAGCCUGUGGGCUAUUUCUUGCCCCAGUAAAGAAGAAUCUUAGUUGCUAUCAUCCCACGGAGACUGGGUUUAUAGAAAAAGAGAUUGCCAUGGCCUACAGACCUUUUCCCAACAAAUUUGGAAAGGCCCUGGCUUUAAAACACACACGCUUGUGCGCACACACGCACACACACAAAUACACAGUCCUCACAAAACUGCCCACAGAUCUUUAGGCUUUCUGCAUUGACAUAAAUACAUUUUUUAAGGGAAAAAAGAGAAAUUAAAAAACACCUGUUUAAUUUUAAACACAUUUUUUUAAGAAAAAAAUAACUAAAAAAGAAACAGUGCUCAUGUCAUAAGCUAUGUUGACAGUUGCCAGUGGAAAUGUUGGGUUGGUUAAAAAAAAAAUAAAAGCUAUACUUA